AUGGCGAUAUCAUCUGCCAGCGCAAUAGUCCCAGAGAAAAUGCAAUUCCCCAGGGGGACCGAGGUCCACAACCUCACCUACCAGUGGUUUCCAGAUGAGCGAGAUGGCUUCGUAUAUUGGCUGAAGGGAGAGUUUGGAGCGGCAAACGCCAUAAUAGACUCCCUUUGCCAGCACCUGAGGACUACUGGCGAGCCUGAUGAGUACGACAUGGUUUUCAGGAGCAUACAACAGCGGCGAUGCAACUGGGCCCCCGUCCUCUACAUGCAGCAGUACUUCUCAAUUUCCGAUGUCAACCUAACGUUGCAGCAGGUGGCGUGGAGGAAGCAACAGAGGCGCUUCGAUCAGCCGAAGGUCAAUGGGAAAGAUUUCAAGAAAUCCAAUGUUGGCUAUAGGCAAGUGCAGAAGCUUGACAAUAGGAGGGAAAAUCAGAAUUGUUCCACUCGUGCAGAUGCUCAGAAAAUAGAAGAAGAAUCGGAUUUGGGAGAGGAAAUUCAGCGGAGAGCUAGCGUCCAAGUACCGGACGAGAACCUUUCACCUGAAGUGUCACAGAAAGAUGGUAAAACGUUGAUCUCUUUUCCUCUAGUUGGCAUGGUACACAAAUCGUAGGCUAUUUCAAUAUAAACUGCAGAUAGCCUUAAUUAGAUGGAUCCUCCUCUGCCCUAACCGAAUCUGAUAGUCUGGUCGGCGCUUUCGUAGUGAUGACAUUUUGCCUUCGAUGGACUGUGACAUCUGGUUAUGAACAGGAUACUCAACGUCAAAAGUUCAAUGGUGUAUGUUCGUAUGGUCUAAAGUCUCCGAGAAAUAAGACACUUUGCUUUUGUAUUCAAAACUUGCAUUAACACUGUAUAUUCUUGCAUCAGUAGUGAAGUACCUUCUUUUAAGGCUCAUACUAAACUACUCAAAAAGACUCAAAGUUCCAUUGGUGCUCAAUGUGAUGUUUGGAAUCCAUGAUGAUACAUGAUGAUGGCAUUUUGUUUUUGAACUGCUUGCUUCUACGGCCAUCACAUGAUUGAAAUAUUCCUUUCGUUCAAACCUUGUGCUUUUAUGAUCCAACUCUCCCGAAAACAUCUGUUUUUAUAAGGACCUGUCUAAUAAAUUGAUACCUUACUUUGGAUCAUCAAGAGGUAAAAAUAUAAUAUUUUGGAUUAGAAAGAGUUUGCUCAUAAGCCAGAAGUGGCGUGGUAAAGGGGCCUCUGUCUGGUGUUCUUGAAGACUUCCAACUGAGCCCUUCCAGUUCAAGGGCCUACAAAAUUUGUCCUGUUGGCGAUACACAUAGAGAUCAUCUGAAUUAGCCCAUCCUUCUCCUCCAAAUUUUCCAUGCCCUAUUUCAACCUCUUGUAUGCACUUAUACUUUAUUGCAUUGCGUAAAUAAUCCUGAAUAAUCUGGCAUAUGUGAAAGAUUUGCUAGAAGUUAUAGUCGGAAAUAAAAACAUCAGUUGCAAUUGAGGGGGAUCUCGGCAGGUACUCAAACGCAUAACAACUCUGGCUUUGACUGCUCUUUUCUUUCUUUUUAUUCAGGCCCUUGUGACGACAAUGCUCCUAAGGCUGCUAAAUUCUCGGCAGAAGCAGUUACAAACCAAGAGGGAGAAGAUAAAGAUUUUCCAGUCCCAAAGUUUUUUGUAUGUGAUGAAUUAUUCGAUGGGAAGAUGGUAAGUACUCUUAAACUUUUAAUCUUGUAUUGUUCUAGGGAUGACUGCCUCCACAUUUUCCCUACAUCUGUCUUGUCAUCACCGAAAGAGAUUUUUCUGCCAGGUCAACCAUUUGGAUGGACUUAAACUCUAUGAAGGCUUGUUUAAGGUCUCGGAAAUUUCAAGUAUGAUAUCUGCCGUCAAUGAGUGGAGGAUUGCCGGAAGGAAAGGAGAGUUUCAAGGCAAGUUAUAUAUUUCACCUCGUCUAUUCUGUUUUUCUCCUCCAGUCUUGAAGAACGAAUAUUAUAUGGUUUUUGUCCCAAUCGAGGUUUGCCGAAUUGAUGAGGACAAUUCGAGUAACAUUUGCUCGUUCCAUGAAUAUCAUCAGGUCACUUGUUAG